UGGAAGUUGUGUGGCACGUGGUCGGCCAAAAAAUGGCAAAAAUGAAGAGAUUCUACCGAUUUUUCAAAUAUUUCGGAAUGCAAAAAUACCCGGAGUGAACCCUUGAAUAUCAAGCCUUUCAUAAAUUGCGGUGAACGGGUGUUCCGAUUGUAUUCAUCAUUUUCGGAGUCGCUAUUUCGGUAUCAAAAUAUUUCCACUACGACGACUGCUCGGGGAUGUGGCCUUCCCCUGUAUUUGCAGACAUGAUCAAGGACUCGCGCAAUGGGAAAAGGCCACGUACUUCAUGCGGGCCAUGCCUGGGGGCUCAGUUGGAUCGUGGAGUGACUCGUCUCCGGAGGGAGUAGAAGCCCAAAUUCUCCUCUCGUCAGUGGAGUGUUGCGUCAGCCUGUGAAUGUACUCAGCUCACGGGACAAGUGUUUAUCAGGGACCUGGCAGUGUCUUGAGUUUUUUUUUCGCAGUCCCGCUUUUGUUUUCUCCUGUAUUUCGCGAGUCAUUUGAUAAGGAAUAAGAAUGACAAAAACCGCGAUCUCAGCACUCCAGGAGUACCUCCAAAAGACGCGUGCAGCUGCUCCUUGCUACACUGAAAUUUCUAUAGAACAUGGGGAAGUUCCCAAUUUCAAAAUCAGGUGCGAGUGCAUGGGUCUGUCAGCUGAUGGAGAGGCUUCCAACAAGAAGACUGCCAAGCACCGCGCAGCUGGGAAGAUGAUCAAACUUAUCAAAGAGAAGCACAACUGUCAAAUUUUUUAUGAAAAUAUAGAGUCCCCGGCUCCAAGCUCUCCAGCUCCGAGGAUUCCCUUCUCAGCUGAGACGAUCACUCGGUCUCCUGAGGCUACCAUCAAUCAUAUUGGAAAAUUGAACGAAUUGUGCGCCAGUAAAAAAAUGCAUCAACCCGUGUACUACGACACUCAAUGCAUUGGGCUGAACCACCUGCCCCUCUUCACCGUAGAAUGCAGAAUAGCAACUCUGAGUGUCAAGCGAGCAGCUCACACUAAAAAGGAGGCCAAGCAGCGAGCCGCACACGCAAUGCGUGAGCUCCUCAAGACCAACUACACAAUUUCCAACGACAUAGAGCCCUUGGCCGCCUCGAUCCAAGAGCUCCUCCCAGCAGCUGACGAACUCGUCGUGAACAUCGAGGAUCUGCAGAUCCAGGAGGAUCCGAAGCUGGCGAAAGCCACCGAAAGAGCGAAGACCCUUUACCCAGCGCUGAAGAAACGUCUCGGAGUGGCCAACGACACCCCCAAGAACAUCUGCAUAGCUGAUUAUCACGAAGCCUUCAAGGCAUCCUUCGAACCUCAAGUUGUCGCUUCCUUCCUCGCCUACUACAAGUCCUUAAAAAUGACUGAGAAACUCACGAAAAUGAGUCUUGAAGUCAUCCUCAAGCGAAUCGUUGACAUCCUGGGGGUGACCUUUGAGACCCGCACUCUGAAGGUCGUCCAGACUGCUGUAUACAUCGUGGCUUAUAAAAUCAAGUCCAAGCUUUCGUUCACGGAGGUGGGGAUGGCGGAUAACUCCGAGGGGGCUCAUGUCGAUGCUCUUCAUCGUCUCAUCGGUGCCAUUUACGUGAUGCUCGUCUGAGGAGGUAGAGGGUGCUGUCGAGGCCAUCUACGACUGGCUCGAUCACCAGUGGAGGCCGGAGGCCCCUCAUUUGUGGUCCAGGCAGUCGUCGAUGGCCUCGACUGCACCGUCUACACGAAAUUGAGGGGAUUUUUCGGGAAGACUGAGUUUUGUGAGAUUUUUGUUCCCUACUGGGUUUUUUUCUCAGUCUUAUGGUGUUAAGGAUGUUUAUGCAAAAUCGAAAGCACAGACAUUUGUUUUUUUCUAAUGAAUGGGAGAGACGGAUCUUCGUGUUGAUGAAAUUUCAAUCCACCAACUCAAGUUUAUUGAGGGGAGACUAAUAUGAGUUUUAAAAGUCGUGGGUUAUUGGAGUGAGACUUUUCAUACGUUGACGAUCGAUUACAUAGAUCUGAAA